ACGAGGGCGUUCGGCCGUUGCUCCGUACACUGGUCACGCACAUUUUCGUUUAUAAAUAAAACUUAUUUGAUGCGCUCGAUUAUUUACGACUUGUUAAAAUAUUUACAUUCGUAGGUGUAUUUUUGAUUAAAGUUUGCAAGGAUUUAUCGCAAUUAAAAAAAGCAAAUAAACAAUAUCCGAACAUAGGUAAACAAAAUGAGCGCAUCCAAUAAAAGUUGCCUUCGUCCAAAAAAUUAAAAAAGUAAACAGAACUAUGGAUUGGCGCGAAAAACUUUUCGGGCGCGUGCUUGUGAAAUGCGAUUCGCCGGGCACUCAGAACGGUAAAUUCGAAAACAUACCAACUUUGGAAGCUUUAUCCGACUGCGUUGAGGACGGGGAGGGUGCUGUUUGUGGGAUAUAUUUUUCAUUUGCGAACAUAAGUGAUGCAAGUGACGACUUCGGUGUGCGUUUGGAAGAAGUCUACAAAGUGGUUUUUCCCAAAUUGAAAGUUGUUGAAGUAGUCUUGUGGGCUCAUGUCGGUACCCCUGAAGGUCCAGUAGAGAGAGAAGCUGGAUUCCGACGCACUUUGACGGGAAAACCGUGGUUUGCAGUACCAUUUCACGAUGUGGAUACUAAGCGUCGCCUCACCCAAAAAUACAGUAUCGCAGUGGGCAUACCCACCCUAGUCAUCCGCGGCAGAGCAGUCCGGGAUGCCCUCCUCAGUGACCCGAAAGGGGAACGGUUCCCCUGGCCAGCUCCACCGCUGAACGAAGUGCUGCGAGGUGUGGAUCUGAUAGGGGAUGAGAACAAGCGCUAUGAAGAUCUGCCUGCUGAUGCUGUGAGGGUGUUUUAUUUUGCUGCUCAUUGGUGUCCGCCAUGUCGUUCCUUCGCGCCAAGUCUCUGCACAACACUCAACGCGGUGCGCAAACGCAGAGCCAAGUACGCGAACACGCAGCUAAUACUCGUAUCUAGUGAUAGAUCAGAACAAUCCUACAAACGGACAGUUGCCUCCGUAUCUUCCGCGGGCGCGCUAUCAGUCCCCUGGUCAGCGAGUGAGGUCCGUACAGCUUUACCCACUGCGCUUGGAGUCGCGGGUAUACCAGCGCUCGUGAUCACCAAUGGGGAGGGGAAAGUGCUAACUUCGAAUGGACGACAGCAUCUCGCUGCUGAUCCUGUUGGCUUGAACUUCCCGUGGGGUCAGCGGCCCGUUUCUGUGUUGACUGAACAAGCUCUCUUGAAGAUGGCCCGUCAUCCCGCUGUUGUACUGUUUAUUGAUGACGAAGACGCGGAAAUGGAAUUCGCGGAAUCAGUCCUAACACCUUCCGCGGAAUCAUACUACGAGGAAUGCAGUAUACAAUACCCCGGUUUCUGCCCCUACCAAAACUCAUCAGACGACGAAACUAUGGACUUCGAUUAUUCCACAACAAAAACUUCGCGAAUAAAAAAGAAAUUCAAACACGUCAUGUUUUUCAUUGGAAUAGACGGAACGGAUAGCGCUGAUAUGAUUCGUGAACAUAUUGGUUUAGAUGACGCUGUACCGUUAUUAACCGCCAUUGAUUUUCCAAAACAGAAAUUAGUUACAAUGAAAUAUGGCGACGAAAUUACCACAGACUCUGUGCAGAAUUUUGUGGAUGCGUUCUUGAGCGGAAACGCUGACUUCAAACCGUUGAAGCCGUACAGUGACAAGUGUUAGUGGCCGGCUUUAUAAAGCGCGCCAUUCAAAAUGUGUAUGUGUAA